AUGAAACUUCUUUUCAGUAUUCUGCUUUUUGUCUCUGCAAUGGCUGUUGAGGCUACUUCUUCUGGUGGAGAUCAAGUCAAUAAUGAAGUCUAUAACAAGUCUCGAGCUAUAUCAAAUGGAGGUCUUGAUCUACCAGGAACUUCACUCGUCACCGUCAAUAAUGUCGUUGUCGCAUCAACACUAGCUUCUGCCUUCGGUGACUCCUCUGCGGCUGCAUCAAGCCUUUCUGAUAAUUUCUCCCCUGUUAGCCCUGGUCAUACAAAUGUUCACAGCAGCACUUAUGAGUCUACAACUGUUGUUCUCUCUACUAUCACGGUAACACCACAGCAAUCAGUUGAUGUCACUCCUGUUACACAGACAUCCGCUUCUCCUUCUGCUGUCGAUAGCCAAGGCGCUGCUCUUCUUUCUCCAGCUGAUUCUGGUCCUACGAUUUCAUCUGAACCAUCUCCAGCCACUUCCGAUAUCACUCACCCAAUAGUAUUGGUGACAUCUAGCUUGGAGCCAGAGCCAUCUUCUUCAGCUGCCACUAUCGCUCCACCUUCGUCAACUUUGCAAUCUCCUGCUGUUCAAUCAUCGAUCAUUGAAUCUUCUGCAGCUUCAACAUUAACCGCUGAAUCCGCUCCAGAUGACCAAUACACUGUUUCACCCUCACAUACUGAUUCGUCGGCUGCUCUAUCUACUGCUGUUCCAUCGUUGCCUUCGCAAUCUUUGACAAUUCAACCAACACCACUUCUAUCAUCUGCAGCUCAAACAUUGACAGAAAGUAGUAUCAGUCAAGUUUCGAUUGCUCCAAUUCUUCCAACGAUCACUACCAGUGAUGCCCCAUUUCUCAACAGCACUGCUUUAAGUGUUCAAUCAUUGAGUAAGUCUGUGACUCACCCAAACUAUACGAUUGCCUCAGCUUCUUCGACAUCCAGUUUAUAUACCUCUGCUGCCUCUAUUAUUGUCGGAACACCACCAAGCAAAUUUGCAAGCAUUCCUACAAUCACUCCACCAUAUAAAAAUGGGACAAGUACUCCAGCACCAGACAACAUUGGCACAACCUCAAACUCAAUUACGAGCACGACUACAAUAAGUUCAACAACAACUCGCACCGGUACUAUUACUACGACCAUCACAAGAUCAUCUGCUACUCUUACUUCUCAAAGUAUCAUUGGCAAAUUUCCUGACACUGAUGGCUCAUCCCCAGCUGCGCCUACUACAGAAACCUUCACUUCUGGUGGACGCACCUGGACUACAACCGAGACUGGUCCUCCAAGUACUGUUACUGCAUCCUUAAUGUUGAAUCCGUCAUAUUCUGCUUCCACUAAUGGUGGUGUUGUUGCUUCUAAUGAUGCUGUGACAUCUUCAGGAGCUUGCACUUGCCCAUCCCAAGUCACUGUCACUGUGACCGCAACACCAUUUGUUGUUACAGGAGGCACUCUUACAGCUACUGGUACAUUAGUUGCAUCAUCUGCCAAUUCUCUGGAGGAAUCUAGUGGGUCUUCAAUCCUGACAGCCUACUACCCCCCAGCCCAAGCAUCAUGGACUACACACAGCAUUCCUGGAUUCAUCGGUGUUACCAUUCCAAGCGGAGGCAUGUCCUAUCCUCCUAAAGUAUCAGCUACUUACUCACCUUCUACUGCCCCCACCAAUUCUCCUUCCCUAUCCCACACUCAUCCAUAUAUGAGUAUAGAGCCCACACCCAGUCUCAGCGCCUUCUCCAACUACUCAACAACCAAUACCGGUAGUCUCUUAGGCGCAGCAGUAGGAACCAGCGUCGGCACAGUCCCUACUACCAAACCAUCAGUUGGUCUUCCACCAGCCGCUUCAAUCACCCCGACCAUUUAUACUGGCAACGCUGAAGUCAAUGCCGCCGGCACCGAAUCCGUCGCUUUAGUCGUCGGUUUUGUCGCUCUUGUUCUUCUUUUCUAA